CGCUCGAGCCCACCAUUUCUCUCCUCUUUUAAAAAUUUCCGUGCCGGUGAUUUUCUCGUCUUCUGCGAUAUUUUCUCGGCAACCAAACAAGGAUUUUCCUAGUGGAGAUUUGUGAAUGGCGGUUACGGAAGUUGGAGGCGCGAAGAAGGAUAACAACGGACCGACGAAGCGGCAGAGUUUGCUGUUAGGAGCUGUCGCCGCCGUUCUUAUCGCCGCCGCCGCCGCCGUUCUUUUCUCGAAAUCUCAGAAUUCGUCGAUUACUGGCUCUCCCUGCAAGCUCUGCCAUUGCGGCCAGGAUCAGAAGCAGAAGUAUAUUGGUAUAGUUGAAGACUGUUCUUGUGAUUAUCAGACUGUGAACCGAUUGAACACAGAAGUAUUGCAUCCACUGCUUCAAGACCUUGUUAGAACGCCAUUUUCCCGGUAUUUCAAGGUUAAACUGUGGUGUGAUUGCCCGUUUUGGCCUGAUGACGGCAUGUGUCGUUUAAGGGACUGUAGUGUUUGUGAAUGUCCUGAAAGUGAGUUUCCUGAACUAUUCAAGAAGCCCCUAAGUCAAGAUGAUCCUGUUUGCCAAGAAGGCAAACCAGAAGCUACUGUCGAUCGUACCUUAGAUACUAAAGCUUUUAGGGGUUGGAGGGUCACAGACAAUCCGUGGACGAGUGAUGAUGAAACUGACAAUGAUGAAAUGACAUAUGUGAAUCUCCAGCUGAACCCUGAGCGGUACACUGGCUAUUCCGGCCCAUCAGCUAGAAGGAUAUGGGAUGCAGUUUACAAUGAGAACUGUCCCAAAUAUGCAUCUGAAGAGUCAUGCCAAGAGGAGAAAAUAUUGUACAAAUUGAUCUCUGGUCUUCAUUCAUCUAUCUCAGUUCAUAUAGCUUCGGAUUAUCUGCUCGAUGAAAAUACAUACUCAUGGGGUCAAAAUCUAACCUUGCUGUAUGACCGUGUAUUGAAAUACCCAGAUCGUGUUCGGAAUCUGUAUUUCACAUUUUUGUUUGUUCUCAGAGCUGUGACAAAGGCAGCAGAUUACUUGGAAGAGGCUGAAUACGAAACCAGUAACCCUAUUGAAGACCUGAAGACAAAAUCCCUGAUGAAACAGCUUGUCGGUCAUCCAGAAGUUAAAGCCGCUUGUCCAGUGCCAUUUGAUGAAGCUAAGUUGUGGAAGGGCCAACGUGGACCAGAACUGAAACAACAGUUACAAAAACAAUUUAGAAACAUAAGUGCAAUAAUGGACUGCAUAGGCUGUGAGAAAUGCCGUCUAUGGGGGAAGCUCCAAAUUCUCGGCCUUGGCACCGCGUUAAAAAUCCUAUUCAGUGUCAACUGUGAAAAAGAUAUACGCCAUAACCUGGAGUUGCAGAGGAACGAGGUGAUUGCCCUCAUGAAUCUACUAAACCGAUUGUCAGAAUCCGUAAAAUUUGUACAUGAAAUGAGCCCGCUGGCCGAGAGUAUGGGCGAAGGGGAAGCUUCUGCAAGAAACAGCAUUUGGAAGAGAGUGUUGACAUCUUUAACUAACACAAAAGCUCUUGCAAGGGGGGGGGGGGAAGACUAGUUAAAAGCUGUUGUACGGAACUUCAGGUUCAUGGAUAAAAGCAGGAGGGAAGAUAAUAACCACAGUGUUUGUAAAGGGAGAGUUCGAGAUUAUAGCAUGAUACCAGUUUUGCUAAUCCAUUUGUAAACAGCAUUAGCUAUUUUUUUUUUCCUUUUA